AUGGGCGCAAAUGACGUUGCGAAUGCUUUUGGCACAUCAGUUGGUAGUGGUGUACUUACUUUACGAAAGGCAUAUUUACUAGCAGUUAUAUUCGAAUCACUUGGAGCUAUUCUUGUUGGUUACAAUGUGACAGAUACAAUGCGUAAAAGUGUCAUUGAUUUAAACUUAUAUAAUAAUACACCAAUAGAAUUAUUAGUUGGUCAAGUGGCCAUCCUUGCAGGUUGUUCAGCUUGGUUAUUAAUAGCAACAUUUGCACAGUUACCGGUUUCAACAACGCAUAGUAUUACCGGUGCAACAGUUGGUUUCGGUUUAAUAAUGAAGGGAACACGGGGAAUUCAUUGGUGGAAAAUUCUUAAUAUCGCAGCCUCCUGGAUUAUUUCACCGUUGUUAUCCGGAACGGUAUCAUCAAUCCUUUAUAUAAUUGUUGAUUUCACAGUUGUAAGACGGAAAAAUCCAUUCGAGUGUGGUUUACGAGUUUUACCAUAUUUCUACUGGUUUUGUAUUGCUUUCAAUACAUUUGCUGUGAGCUUUCAAGGUUCUAAAGUCUUACGUCUAUCCAGUCUACCUUUUUGGUUGUGUUUGUCGAUUAGUAUUGCAGUAGCUACCGUUGGUGCACUUUGUGUCUAUUUUAUUAUGGUACCACAAUUAAGGAAAUGGAUUGAUAGUGGAAUCGUACAAAUCUACAUCCCACACAAUAAUGAUUUAUCUCCGGCAGAAGCGAAUAAUAGCAAAACGACAAUCAAAAAAGAACACCCAGUUUCGGCUUUAAAACAUUUUGUACAAUGGUUUUUACCGGAUAGAAAACGUAGACCGGAUCCGAGAACUGCGCAUAUUUUUGGUUCUAUUCAAGCGUUUACAGCAUGUUUCGCUGGUUUUGCUCAUGGUGCUAAUGAUGUUGCAAAUGCUAUAGCACCGUUGACAGCGCUUUUGUCCAUUUACUCUAAAAUGGAUGUACAACAAAAAGAUGAAACAUCAAUUUUUAUUUUAAUGUACGGUGUGUUAGCAAUAUGUGUUGGUUUAUUGACACUUGGACAUAAGGUUAUUCGUACCGUUGGUUCCGAAAUGACUAAUGUUGAUCCAGCUAGUGGCUUUACGAUUGAAUUUGGUGCUGCAGUAACAGCAUUGUUGGCAAGCAAAGCUGGUCUACCGAUUAGCACAACACAUUGCUUAAUUGGAAGUGUAGUGGCAGUUGGUGUUAUCAAAUCUCAUAUGGAAGGUGUUCAUUGGGGUAUUUUUCGAAAUAUCAUUCUUUCGUGGAUUAUCACUUUACCUGUUUCAGGUAUGAUAGCAGCUGCAUCGAUGCUGUUAUUAAAGUUUUUGAUGAAUCUCAGUAAUAUUAACUUGCAAACUUUUUUCAUUUGA